AUGAAUAAUUCUAAAAUCUCAUCAUCUGCACAGAGUUAUCUUGAUUCUUUACAAAAAGAGACAAAAAAAUUAUUAACACAAAAAUAUAAAGAAAAUGCAUCAAAUUCAAAAGUUUUAAAAAAAAAUAAUCAAAAACAAAAUUUAGGUGAUCAAAAAAAGAAAAAUUUCAGUGAAUCACCAAAUUUAAGUGAUAUCACUUCAUCUAUUGAUAGUGAUGCCCUUAAUGAAAUUCCAAAAUUACAAACAAAAAGAAAAUCAAAAAAUAAUUUAAAUAGAAUGUCAAGUGAUAAAAGUUCAUUUAUUUCUUCUUCAAGUAAUGAUUCAUUAUCAAAUCAAAAUGUGGCAGAAAAAGAAAGUGGAACAUUAUCUGAUAGUAAUCGUUAUUCUGUUGCUUCUAUACCUGCUGAUAAAUAUUUAAAAAUGAUUAGACAUUCAAUUGAUACUUCAUUAUUUAUGGGAACUAAAAAUGAAAUUUAUUCUAAUGAAAUAAGCCCUUUGUCUUCAGAAACAAUUAUGACAAAUCAAACAGGUAAUGAGACAUCCAAUCAAAACAUAAAAAAUAAAAAAGAAAAUAAUCAAAAAAGAAAUAAUUUUAAAAUGGGAAAUUUGACUGGGAAGACUGAAAGACAAGAAACAAUAAUGGAACUUGAUGAUAUUAUUAAAAAAGAUGUUAAUAAUAAUGAAACAAAAACUAAACAAACUUCAAUACUACCAAUAUCAGCUUUUAGAAAACAACCGAUAUCUUUACUAAACACAAAACAUCAUACACAAGAAAGUUAUAACAUGAAAAGAGAGAGUAAAAAUAAAAGUAUUUCAUUAUCAUCAUCUAUUUCAUCUGAUAUUAAAUCUGUCAUUGAAAGUAUAAGCGACUCUUCUUUAUCAUCUAUUUUAACUGUUAAACCAAAUAAUAAGAUAUCAAAAAGACAAAAAAAUUCUUUAUCAACAUCUAUGAAAUCAAUAUCUUCAUCUUUAGCUGAUUCAUUAUCAACAUCUAAUGUUACAUCAGACUCCAAAACAACCAUUUCUUCUUCAUCAUCAUUAUCAACAACAUCAUCUUUAUCAAAUUCAACUAUAAAAAAUUCAUCAAAUAGAAGAACUUCAGACUUUUCAGAAUCAUCCACAACCUCUUCACUUUCAACUAUUAAAAAAGGCUCAACAAAAGAAUCUAAAAAAGAAUCUAAAGAAGAGAUGAAUAGUACAUUUGAUUCGGUUGAUGAUUUAAUAAGUUCUUUAAGUGAACUAAGUGAAAAAUCAAGUUUGAACAAAGUAGAAAAAACUUCUCAUAGUAGUGGUACAUCCUCAUCACAAUCAUUUUACUCAAUUUCAGAAGAAAAUAUUUUUAAUAAUAAGAAAGAUAAUGUUGAUAUAAAAAAUUUAUUUUCAAAUGAUACUUUAAAAAAAAUUCAAAUGGAUAUUAUAAGAGAUGAAGGUAAAUUAUCAUUACUUGGUGAAAAGAAAAAUAUUAAAUUAAAUAAAAAUGAUAUAUUAAAGAAUAUUAUUUUUCCAUACUAUAAUAAUAUUAAAAGAUAUAUGAUAAAAGAAGAGGAGAUUUCUGAUAUCAUUGAAAAUAAUCUUUAUACAAUGUUUUGUAAAAAUUCAACAGAAAUAGCAAUUAAAAAUGUAUUUUUAUAA